UUUUCCUGCAGCUCUCACUGGAGCUAAAAGGAAGCUCUGGCUGGGCAACCACUCCACAGUGAGAGCUUGUAAGAGUAGAUUAAGCUCUUGACGUGCUACUUUCAUAACCGGUCUUGCUCUGAAAUGGCUGUGGGAGAGCUGGGGGAAAGCAGUGUAAUGUGAGGGGGCGGUGAAUUCUGCUCUGCUUGGAGGGACAUCUGGCGUAGUGUGGGGAGACGGAACAAGCACACAUGCUUAUUCAUGUCGCUCGUAGAGCUGUGGGCUCACAGUGUCACCAUGCAGGACGGCUCAGGACCGGAGCAGCCAGACGAUCUCCUGUGACGGAUAGACAGAGGACAUAAGGCCAUGCCUGGUAGGAGUGAGAAGCUGCCAUCCACUCACCCAGCUGUGCAGGAAGCGUUGCGACAGACAGAACAGUCCCCUGCUACAACCUUGGCGCAUUCAUGGAGAACACUGAGGCUGAGUCAGACAUUCUCCGCAGCGUGCAUGCCCUGCUUCGAGAACUCGAUGGACACCACCCUGCCUUCCAGAAUGAGCGAGGGAUGUUGCGAUGGACCUUGCAUAAAAAAACUGACCGGAAUCCUGGGAACAGCACCAUCUUGGCUAAAAUCCUUGUGAAGGAGCUGGAAAGGGCAGAAAGAGGAGAUUAUAGACAUUAUAUCAUCCCCCUGCUCCAUACGCUAAUGUACACACUAAUCAAGGCUCCGUGCUUUUCAGAUGAUCUCUAUGAAAGAAUAUAUGAUUUCUGCAAGAAGCUAUUAACCCUGCCCAAGCCCUACUGCACCAUUGGCCUGGACUAUGCUUUUCGGUUAAAAACAGAAAGGAUGGCACCAGGAGUGUUAUACCAAAGAAUGGUUAUUUCCGAACAAAGUCUUAGAAGUGACCCAUAUCCUUAUCAGGAGAAGGUUUUCAUAUUUGCAGAUCCAGAUCUGCUUUCCAAGGCUGUAUGCAAUGCACUAGUCACUGAUACCAAGGCUGCUCAGAUGUAUCAAAGUCCCAGAUCAUGUAUGUGCUAUGUGAUAAUGCAUGCCAUGAAGGUGGCUCUGGACGAUGACUGUGAUAUUUACAAUUUGCAGAGGAUCCUUCAGGAUAAGCCCACAGAGGAGAUCGAACACUUUUUCCGACAAGUGGUGACAGCAGUUGAGUGUACAGGAAAUGAAAUAAGUGCAGACCGCAGCCAGCAUGUUGAGAGGCUGAAGAAAGUCUAUGAUGUAGUGCUGAGUUCUUCUGAAGCAGGGGAUACUUCACCAGAAGGGCUCCAGGACAUCCCUCUGCCCAACCCAAAUAUUAGCUUUCACUUGUGGACAGAUGAAGACCAGCUUUGGAAGGAGCUUGUGCUGUUUGUCCGUCCCCUGUCACAGACCUGUGAACAGGACUGUCUGAGCCAGGAGCUAGACAACUUUGAGAUACAGGACAUUGUGACAGGGUGUGAAUGCUGUGAACAGACUCGGUUCUCUGUGCUAUCCACCGACAGUGGGAUUGAACGGGACCUGCCACCAGUGGGUGAAGAGCCUCCUCCUCAUUGCAGUGCUGAGGUUGAGCACUCCCGGCUCCAGAGAAAAGGUGGCAUUAAGAAAAAGGCAUCUCCUUUGGAGACCAUGGCCUACCUGCAGGCCAGCUGCAAUGGCCCAGGAGUAAAGCAUUUUGGAAAAAUGCACGCAAAGUCUGGCAGCAACAUGGAGUCUAUGUCUCCUCUCCAGAGACUGCACACCGCCCGAAUUGUAGUUUUGGGGGAUGACAGGAUAUUGGGGCGACUGGCCCAAGCCUUUCACUCUCUGAGUUUUUUCAUUUCAAGGAAACGAGAAACCAGGCGAGUCUUUUUGACCCCACGGCUGAACCUGCAGUUCUAUUAUGUCCCUGUUGUAGAGGGCCAGCAAAGCACAUGGCCCACUGAAGAACACGCCAUGCCUAGCCAGAUAGACCUCUGUGAAGUGGCUGGGUACCUUGGGAGAGGGGACCCGUGGUAUGAGAACAACAUCAACACUCUGUGUCAUAUGAUCCCCAAGCUGGCGACUAUGCCUUCUUCACCAAGCAAACAUCUUGUGACAAAUACCUUCAUCAUCGAUGUAAUGUCUUACUACAUACGCAUGGGUAUCCAGCCAGUGUGUUUCCAGGUCUACUCUGUUAAGAUUUUCUUCAGUGACACAGCUCAGGAGCCAGCAGAGGACGUGUUUGUCACUGAGCUGAGUGUAAAAGUACAAGAUUACAACCCCACCAGAGACUUAGUGCUGGCAAGGAAGAAGACAGUGCUGGAAGGUCCUGGGGCAGAUAUUGCAGCAAAGUAUAGAAAGGUUUUGCUGAGUAGUCGGGGAAAAGAAUUGGGUGUCUCACUGAGAUCUACUGGCUUGGUGAUGAAAGCCAUUCAGCCUGAUGAAGCUGAAGAUCUGGUGUGCUUGAAUGUGUAUAUUACUGAAGUCAUCAAAACCAGCAACCUUUCAGGAAGAUCAUUUUCUUUUAUGACAAACAAGAUCAGAAUGCACAGUAUCAAAGUCAGCAGCAUGGAUCAAAAGACCUUCACGCUGUGCCUGGACAAAGACUUCAGAAGAACCUACAGGAAUGUAGUCAGUGUGGAAGUUUCACCCUGCCUGGAACCUAGCUACUGUUUGCAGAAAACGAGGACAAUGCAAUUCAGCAUGCAUGGAUCAGCGGAUGUAGGACUGGCCAAGUACAUGCCCAAAUCUUUGUUAUUACCUAUCAAUACAUUUGCAGGUAUAAUUCAGUGAAGAAAAUUCCAGUGUGGGGAGUGGAAUGCAAAUUAAAAGGUCUUACAAGAAUCUCUCAUUUGGCCAUAAGAGCACAAGGAUGGAGGAACACACUAAAAGCCACCUGAAACUGGCAAUGAUGCUUCUACGUACAAUGCUGCAGCAGUACAGAAGUUCACUGCUCAGUAAAACUCAUGUGAUAGCACAGUUUAAAGCCUCUCUGUCAGGGGAACACAGCAAAAGUAGUUUUACCCUUGCAGCUUACUUCUAAACAGUAGUCUUUGCUUAGCAAGUCUUCAGCGCAGCCAGGUGUUGGAUAGUCCUGCUGCCAUCCUUGAGCAUGAAGAGGCUGCACACCACUUCCUCAGUUUAAUUUAUGAGCUGCCCCUCUGACUUCCAGCUAAGGUUUUAUAUGCAGCUUAAUUAUAAGAACUUUUACCAUUGAUAUGAAGAGCAUGUCACGUUAUUCAAAAUAGCCACAUUACCAACACCCCCUCUACCCCCAUCUUGCUAAUGCAGUCCUGUCUCCCAAGGAGAAGAGGUAGCCUGCAGGUGAUGGACUUGACAUCAGCUAGUCUGGCUCCCCAAAACAGCUGCCUGCACAGUCUGGAUUUGGAUUCUCCUUCCACAAGAGGAACAGAAACUAAAGAACCAAGUUGGUGACCUCAGAACUGGACCUGGGAGCUAGGUGUCUGUUGUACUGCACCAUUUAUUGGGUCUGCUGCUACUAGAGUGCAAAAUUAGCUCUCAAAAUAUAGCUUGAAUAGUGCCAGUAUGGUUAGUGGCCCUGGUUAGGAUCAAACUAACCUGUUUUAAAAUUAAAACAUCACAUAAUAGCAGGUGCAUAAGCUGUUUUCUUUAUUCCAUUUUUUGCAAGCUGAAGUUAUUUCAGAAAGAGUGUAUAUUUUUUUAACUUGUCUAAUUUGUCUAAUUUUAAUUUGUCUAAUUUUAAAAUCUAAUUUGGGAUAUCCAGAACAGGUCCAGUAAGGCUUCACUUAAUUCUUGAUUGAUAUAAUUGUUAGGCCUGCCUUGUAUGACACUAUCUUGUUUAUUCCUUAAGACUAGACAUAUUCAAACCCCAAACUGCUCUCUGCUUUCAAUACGUCAUUGCCAUGGUGUAAGCACAGAACAUCUACCCAAAGAAAAUGUGGUGGCUUCUCCAGUCAUCUUUGGUCUUUGUGUACUUCCUGUAGUGUGUGCUGUCUAUUCCACUGAUUUAAUAAGGGCUACCAGGAACCACAUCUUCACUUAACCCUUCUGUCAGCACAUCUGUGCCAGAUGGACAUGUGAUACCUGACAGAGUUGUGCCAGGAGACGUUCCUAGUUUAGAUGCAGUUAUACUACUAAAUAUAUGCUCUUGCUAAAAUUGCUUUUCACAUGUGGGGGUGGUUUUAUUACAUGGGUAGAAAGCACAGCUACUUAUGUUGUUAGACCCACAUGAAAGGUACUCUUCUGGUUCAGGAUAGCAGCAUCGCCAUACUGGUAAGGUGAUUGUGCAGACAUAACCAAAAUGCCCAGAGCAAUUUAUACAUUUUGUAGUAUAUUAUGGCGUUUGGCAUAUUGGACCUGGUUAGCUAGCAGUAGUACAUGGUAUUGAGUGCAGCAGGGGUACUGCAGGUAGCCAAUGCAACCUAUUCCUCGUUACCUAAGAGGUGAAUCCUCCAAGUCACUUGUGCCUGGCCCAAUGGGAGCUGCGCCUCUGACGUUUAAGCUAUUUUAUGUAGAUGCCUAAAUUUAGAAUUCGGAAUCUACCUUUGAAUACCCAAGCCUGAAAUUGUAGGUUGUAUUGCUCAGAUCAGGGGUGGCCAACUUGUGGCAUGCAUGCCACAAGUGGCAUGGGCAGCCUCUGUAUGUGGCACAUGGCAAAUUGGAGGACGGGACAGGCAGCACAGCAACAGACAGGGCAGAAAGCAGAGCAGCAGAUGGGGCAGAAGAAGGGGAUUGGAAUGGCAUUCAGGCAAUUUGUGGCACUCCUGCUAAAAAGGUUGGCCCCACUGGCUUAAAUGAGGCCGAAAAACCUGUCACAGAACUGCUUUUAUCCUGUCCUUGGAAUUCCAACUGCUGCAGGUUUUCUUGACUAUUUAGGCCAUGUUAAUGUCAGAAAAUCUGUGAUUAAACUUUCCAUCACAAGAUGUUGGAGAUUAUCUAGCCCCUCCCCCAGCCUCUAACACCACAAGCGUGCACACAGGUAUUCACCUACUGUUCAAACAACCACUUAUUUUUAUAUUUGCUGCUGCAAGCGUUACUGUCUUUUACUUUCUGGUAAAAGCUAUAUAAAUCCUCAGGUUAUCAUGCUGAAUCCAUAUUAAAAUAAAAGCUAUGUCCCCAGUAAGCCUUAUUAAAAUACACUACUCGAUGACAAAACAUCUUUCAACUUUUUGGCAACUGAUAGGUUACAUAGCAGUAAAACAACCUGGCAAUCCCCAAAAGCAUUUUAUUAAAAUCCCAAACAAAAGGCAAAGAAACCCAAGUGAAUGUGUUGUGUGAGAAUAACAUUUCCCCCUAUCCCCCAAACAUCUGUUCAUGUAAUCUAAAACCAUUAAUUCCAGGAAGUUUCUCUAAACCUGAUUGCACUGCAUCCUUUUGUAUUAGGAGCUCAUAAAGCCCCUAAAAAAAACUGCAUUUUUGUUAUGCCAAGAGUCUAUGUCACCAUAGUCUAAAUUCAGCUAACCUCUACUUCCCAAGCCCUAACGGUGAGAUGCAAGAUACAAAUUUGAGCCAGAAGCUCUCAGCAGCACUGCACUUUUUGAAUACAGAUUGUUUUGGCCUUAAUUUCAGUUUAGUUAUAAAUUAUUAGCAUUCAAGAUCCUAAGACUUGCAAUGGACAGAGAGAAAUUUGGUCUUAGAAGGGCAGGUAAAUAUGCAUAAGAAGCCCCAUGACUAAUCAUUGGAAAAGAGGUCAAGAAACACCUGGAUGCAAUCAGUGACUGCAGAGCACUUCUGCUUCCAUUAACUACUAUGUAGGACAAUAAUUAAUUUAAGAGUCUAACAGCCAGCUUGUGUACCUCUGCCUCCAGGAGGGCUUUAACGAAUGGGUCACAUAGCAUGGUAAUCUAGGUAAAUAUUUACAAAUUAGCUGAUUGUGUUAUAGCUUUGGACUAGUAUUGAUGUGUAUAUUAUUAAUGAUGUACAGGUGUAUAUGAUGUAAUUAUAAAUUAUUUGUACAAACAUUAUGGAUGAUAUAUAUUGGAAGGUGCAAUCCUUUUCAUUUUGAUUAAAUUACAUUGUAAAAAAACAA